GAUAGAGCUACACAUUCCUAACAUAGCCUCUUUCAUAGCCUAUAAGUAGAUGGCAUAGGUGGAUGUUGGUGCAUAUCUAGUCCUCUUCUUAAUUGCAAUGGCAAAGAAGUGGCAGAGAAUGGCCGCCUCGGGGAUGAGAAGGAUUGCGAUGGCGAGAAGAGACGCAGGCCUCGGCAGUGAGGCAUGCAGCACUUCAGUUGCAGAGAAGGGGCAUUGUGUCAUGUACAGUAUGGACAGAAAGCGAUUCAUGGUCCUGUUGGCGUACCUUAGUAGCAGAAUCUUUGCAGAGCUAUUCAAGAUGUCCGAAGAGGAGUUUGGAUUAAUGUGCGACGCGCCUAUAACAUUGCCCUGUUAUGCAGUUUUCAUGGAGUAUGCGAUGUCUUUGCUUAGAAGGCGAGUGUCAGAAGAGGUGGAGAGAGCACUUCUCAGCUCCAUUUUGAUCCCUUGUCACUUUUCUUGUUCUUUACCUUCUGUAGAACUUACGCAACAUGUAGCAGUUUGUAGCUGCUAAAGAAUAGGAUUGCCAUGUGGUCUUCUUUAUAUGUGAUAUUCCAUGUAAUUGUUUGGAAGUACAAAAAAAAAAAAAAAGAGAAAGAAAAUCAAUGUACAAAACUUGUUUAG